UGCUUUUUAAACCGUGGUAGAAUGAGUUGUACAAUAAACUACGUUAAAUGGAAUUAUACUAUUGGAGUGAGAACUGAACGAUUAUUUACAGUUAACAUUACAUCUGAUAUCAGGCUAUGUGAAUCUUCAUGCGAAAAUAUGUCUUUAUGCCAUGGAUUUCUAGUAUCGUACCAGACAGAUCCACCUGAAUGCUAUUAUUUUGACCGAAGUGCCAGAAGUAAAAUAAUAAAGAACGAUAAUUGGACCGCAUAUUUUCUUGUCUGCUGUG